AUGUCCUACACAAAUAAUCACUACAAUUAUCAGGUGAGUUGGAUUUUUUUCGAAAAAAAAAAAAAAUUUUGGGCGCGAGAAAUUUGAUCUGCCUUCACCCAGGUGAAUAAAUAUUGAUUUCCAAGCUGGGUGGUCCCCGAAAUUUCUCAUUUUUCCCGAGCCGCUAAGUAGAAAAUGGCUCAUAUUCGUGGCUAUGUUUUGGAUGAUCCGACUUUGUCAUCGGGUGGACAGGUAGAUCAAUUUUUGGCCGCAAAAAUUUGCAUUUCUACUCAAAAUACUGUGAAAUUUGGGCUUUAAAACGUAUAUUAAACUCAAAAAUACACGGAAAACUUUAAAUUUCGCGCCAAAAUUGAUUUCAGGACAAAUAUCGUGCCAGUACCCAUUUUUAGUGAAAAGUACCUUCAAAAGUUCAAAUUUCCGCUUCGAGACCAUUAAUUUUCAUGAAAAUUGAUUAAAAAUUCGAAUUUUCGCGCCAAAAACUUGAAUUUUCGCUUCAAGGCCCAAGUUCUACUCAAAAUACCCUGAAAACUUCAAAUUUCUCCCCUCCAACUCCAAAAAAUUCAAAUUCUCAUUCCAGAUCGCUGUGGUUUUUGCGAUUUUGAUCGGAGGAUGUCUGUUUUUGGCCGCAGUUAUUGCAGCAAUCUAUUUCGUCUGUGUGAAUAAUGUAAGCUUUGACUGAAAUUUUGUGCUGAAAAUCGGGAAAUUAUUGGAUUUUCAACACGAAAUUUCAAUCAUAUGUAGUAAAAAAUCGAUAAAUUUUACGAUUUUUUAAAAUUCAAUGCAAACAUGGGAAGCCAUCCAUCCCCGAGAAAUUUUGUAUUAUUUGUUUAACGUUUGUGUGUGUGUAUGUUUCUUCAACAACAAAAGAAGAGACGAAAAUGGGAAGAAAAUUGCGGGAAAAAUGUGUUUUCUUGAUUUUUGGCGCAAAAAAAUGGUGCAAGAAUAGAGAAUUUUCUUGAUUUUCAGCUAUUUUCAAUGUUUACAUCAUUUUCAGCACCAAAUUUCAGUCUAGAAACUUGAAUUUCUGAAAUUUUUCGGGAUUUUUUGGUAUUUGACAAAAAUCUGGUAUUUUUCAUAGCAAAAUCUUUCUAGACUGAAAUUUUGUGCUGAAAAUCAUGGAAUUCUUGAUUUUCAGCUAUUUUGAAUGUUCACAUCAUUUUCAGCACCAAAUUUCAGUCUAGAAACUUGAAUUUUUGAAAUUUUUCGAGAUUUUUUUUGGUAUUUGACAAAAAUCAGGUAUUUUUCAUAGCAAAAUGUUUCUAGACUCAAUUUUCGAGCUGAAAGUCAUGGAAUUUUUGAUUUUCAGCUAUUUUGAAUGAUUACAUCAUUUUCAGCGCGAAAUUUCAGUCUAGAAACUUGAAUAUCUGAAAUUUUUCGUGAUUUUUUGGUAUUUGACAAAAAUCUGGUAUUUUUCAUAAGAAAAUGCUAAUUCCAGCGUUUUCAGCGGAAAAUUUCAGCCUAGAAACAUUCAUCCUCAAAAUGUUCCAAAUUUUAUGGUUCAUCAGAAAAUCCCAUGAAUUUCAUUGAAACUGGAAGUUUCUAGACUGAAAUUUUGUGCUGAAAAUCAUGGAAUUCUUGAUUUUCAGCUAUUUUGAAUGUUUACAUCAUUUUCAGCGCGAAAUUUCAGUCUAGAAACUUGAUUUUCUGAAAUUUUUUGGUUUUUGACAAAAAUCUGCUAUUUUUCAUAGCAAAAUGUUUCUAGACUCAAAAUUUUUGCUGAAAAUCAUGGAAUUAUUGAUUUUCAGUAAUUUUCAGCCCAAAAUUUCAAUCAAUAAUUUCCAGAUGCGCGACGACGACAAAAAGCGUCUAAACUCUGGUCGAAACUCGGCCACCAAUUGGGCUCCUCAACAACAACAAAUCCCACAAUCCACCUACAAUCCAGCACCAUCGAUUCAAAACUACGAUUUCAAUCCGAAUCCAAUCCGAUCAGUCGGAUUGAAUAAUCAGAGUUAUACACCGGUUCCAUCGACUACACCCCAAAAUUAUGCACCAAAUCAAAAUUAUCAACCGGUGGCUACACCAACUACACAACAAUAUAUUCAACAACAACAAAUUCCACAAUAUCAACCUGAUAUUAUUUAUCAACAGGUGAGUAGUUGCGGAAAAAUCCGCGAUUUUCAGCUGUUUAAUCGUUUUCAGCACAAAAUUUCAGCCAGGAAACAUUUUUUUCUGAAAAUUUCACAAUUUUUAUUUCAAUUCAGCCGAAUAUCCGUAAUUUUUGAGCUAGAAGCACUUCUAGACUGAAAUUUUGCGCUGAAAAUCAUAAAAAUGCUCAUUUUCAGCCCCAAAGUUCGCAAAAUCAUCAAUUUUUCUUACAGGGACCAUCUUCAUACUCUCAACAACAACCAGUGGAAUACACCAUCCAAAACCCAUCGAACUUUGUGCAAUCAAGUGUCUAA